UUUUUUAGUCUCAUUUGUUUAUAUGCAUAAAUUAUGCACGCAUGAACCACAAGUGUACGUGUCUCUUGAUUGCCAUGGUUUCUGGACAUGCAUGGUUUUGUUUUCUUUAUUGUUUUUUGGUUAGUGACAAGGAGAUUGAUGCAGGUCUAUAUAUAUACAACUGCAUCUUCCCCGCUUUUCAUCGUAUAGGUUAAGUUGUAUUUGAAGCUGUUGAGUUUCAUAUCAUAUCAUGGCUGAGAAUCAUGAGGCUCAACCUCAGAAGACAUGGAACAUACCCUUCUUGAUUGUGUUCAGUGGAGCCAGGAGUCUUUUCAAGUUAGAUGAUCUCGGUUUGGAGAUACUGCGUAUCGCGCUCCCUGCUGCUAUGGCAUUAGCAGCUGAUCCCAUUGCUUCUCUCAUUGACACUGCAUUUAUUGGCCGUUUAGGUGCUGUGGAGAUUGCUGCAGUGGGAGUUGCCAUUUCCAUAAUUAAUCAAGCCAACAAGGUUACCAUAUUCCCUCUUGUCAACAUUACCACUUCCUUUGUUGCAGAGGAAGAUACUGUCAAAAAGAUGGCCGAUUCCUCCUCGUCGUCUGCACCGGUUAAGGGCGACGACGACAAGAAAGACAACCCGGAGGGCUCCGAGCUUGAGAAGCUGGAGAAUGGUUUAGCCACGAGAAAUGAAACAAAGGAAUCUGGACAAGAAAAUGAUCCUAAAACAAAUGUAUGCAAGUCCCCUAUUACUGCUGAUACCAAUGCAAGCAAGAAAAAAGCGAAAUGCGAAAAGCGCAAUAUCCCUUCAGCUUCUACUGCACUGGUUAUGGGCACCAUUCUUGGCCUUCUCCAAACCGCCUUCCUCGUGCUUCUGGCAAAACAUUUGCUCGGUUUAAUGGGCGUCAAAUCCGGAUCUCCCAUGUUAAGCCCUGCACUGAAGUAUCUGGAACUGAGAGCCCUCGGUUCCCCCGCAGUACUUCUCUCGUUGGCAAUGCAGGGCGUCUUUCGUGGUCUAAAGGACACGACAACCCCUUUAUAUGCCACCGCUAUUGGAGAUAUAGCAAACAUAAUUUUGGACCCAAUCUUUAUAUUUGCUUGUCAUUGGGGUGUCAGUGGUGCUGCCAUAGCUCAUGUUAUUUCUCAGUACUUGUUAGUAGCAAUCCUAUUCUUCAAAUUGGUAGGAAAAGUUGAACUGGUACCACCAAGUUUCAAAGAUUUGCAGUUUGGUAGAUUUCUCAAGAAUGGGUUUUGGUUACUGGGAAGGGUGAUAGCUGUGACAUUCUGUGUGACCUUGGGUGCUUCACUGGCUGCAAGAUUUGGUCCAACAGUCAUGGCUGCCUUUCAGGUUUGCUUGCAGGUCUGGCUAACAUCCUCUCUACUCGCCGAUGGCCUAGCCGUUGCAGGACAGGCAAUUCUUGCAUGUGCAUUUGCUGAAAAAGACUACAAGAAGGCAAAGGCAACAGCAGCCAGGGUUCUGCAGAUGGGAUUUGUAAUGGGACACGGGCUUGCCGCGGUGGUUGGGCUGGGAUUAUACUUCGGGUCAGGAGUGUUUUCGAAGGACAAGAACGUUAUUCGCCUCAUAACCAUUGGCGUGCCGUUUGUUGCAGGCACCCAACCCAUAAAUUCAGUGGCUUUUGUUCUUGAUGGUGUUAACUUUGGAGCAUCUGACUUUUCAUACUCUGCAUAUUCAAUGGUUCUGGUGGCAGGACUAACAGUUGUGACAGAGUUUUUGCUGGCAAAAAGCAAUGGUUACAUAGGAAUAUGGAUAGCUUUGAGCAUAUUCAUGGUUCUUCGUACAAUAGCUGGUUUAUGGAGGAUGGGGACAGGGACAGGACCUUGGAGUUUUCUGAGGAUCAAAAAACCUAACAAAUUGGAAUCCACUUCUUGAGCUCUACCCAACAUCACACAUGUUUUACCCACAUAUGUAUUUGUAGAAAAUAAAGAUAUAUAUCUCCUUAACUAGGAAUUGUUAGUACAUCUGUCAUCCUCCCUCUUCCCCCUCCCUACCCCACAAAUAAAGGAAUAUCUCAUCCUCAA